ACAGGAAAAUGAAUGUUGUAAAGUGUGCAGCCUUGAAGUUGUUUCGAGUAAAGAGCACAAAUGUAACGGUAAAGCACACUGUCGAAACUGUGGUAGGGAUCACCAUUAUUUUGAAAGUUCUUGCCCAGAUUUAAUUCAGUACCGUAGAACACUGAUGACUCAUUUGAUCGAUAGAAAUCUUGUUUCUUCUCAGUGUCAUAUACCCAGAGAAUUUCGUUCGCGUGUUGCGCAGAUUAAGCCGGUGUCUCUUGAUGAAACACAACAGACCGUUUCUUCAUUUGUUUCUCGUGGAGUACCUCCUUUGGUGCCGUUAGUUGAUUCGUUUGCUUCUGUAGUAGCCGGCAACUUCUGGGUUUGCCGUCGCGACCUCGAGAUCCAGAUCAAUCUCAACCACCAUCGACGAAUCCAGUAUCAAGUAAUUGUAGUUCAUUCGAUUCACUAGGUUCCUUAUCCGACCGGUUGAACGCACUGCAUUUGGAAACGACCCGGCACUUAACAUCGAUUAGUGAGCAAGUUGCACAGACGAAUAUCAUGAUACAGUGCACACAAAUAAAAGUUGAUGAGUUAUCGCAGGUCGUUUCGAAUAUUGUUGUUCCCACCAUAAAUCAGUUAUCAUCGAUAUUGUUGAAAGUUGUAACCGGCCAAGGUCAAAUAAGUAACGCGGAGGUGUCGGUCAUUCAAAACAUUCCAUCUCAAUUGAAUGAGUCAGUUUUGCGGGCACAAACUUGUAUCUCAAAAAUUUCGGAGGUGGCGUCGCGCGUUCUCAGUGAUCAUGUUUUAUUAUCGACCGUGCUUGAGGAAUUGAAUUCGAAAAGCACCAUUUCAUCGCUGAUCUCAAACUGGAAAACGACUAACCAGUCCCCUCCUCCAAAUCCGAAACCCUUCACAGCCAUUCAUUAUAACGUACAAGGAUUAUCAUCGAGACUGUCUGAAGUGCAGUAUUUAAUUGACCUUAAACAACCAACAGUUGUGGUCUGCACUGAAAUAGGAAAUACAUUGCCAAAAUCACUAUCCACCUGGUUUCCUUCACAUCGCAAGUAUGCGACGACGGAUCGUAACGCACAUGGAGGUGUAUUAAUUUUGGUUCACACGUCGGUCACGUCAAAACAGGUACACUCACACACAGAUAUAUUGACGGUGUCCGUAUCGUUGGGCUGUUGUUCUCUCACGGUCAUUGGAGUCUAUAGUCCUCGAUCAUCUCGAUUGCCAAUUGGCGAAUUAAGGACACAGUUUACGGCUGCCGCAAAGAUGACUCCAAGAUCUCCGGUUUUGCUUAUGGGAGAUCUCAACGCUUGUUCAAUCAGUUGGGGAUGUAAAGCGUCCGAUAGUAGAGGAAACAAAUUCGAGGCACUUUGUGAGGAAUUUGAUCUAGCUGUGGAGAAUCCGAUGGACCCACGUCCAAAAGGUCAGACAACAUUAUUGAUCUAA